GGGGUUGGUGCUGGGCGGGAAUACUUCACCUCUGCUCACGGAGAGCAAUGCUUCGACUGCUUUUCGAUGCAGGUGCCUGACCAUCUUGGGGUUGGUGCUGCCCAGAAAGGAACUGAGCGCCGUCGGCAUUUCUUGCUGGACAGCGCCCACGACACGUGGCGCAGCCCAGACUCUGGUCAGCGCGUGUUGCGCGCGAGGAGGCGGAGAGGUGCACUCACAGUCGGCCGAAAACGGAACAGGUAGGAUUGUGAUCAGAGGCGUGUGCGUGUGAGGAGGAAGACAACCUGACUGGCUGCCAAGGCGAGCAACCCAGUUGAAGCGGUAGACCGAAGUGGUGGUGGCCAUGGCGGCCCUUUCAUGCGCUGUUCUGGCACGAGCAGAUGUCCGGUCGGCUGUUUAUGACAAUCCGGCUCUUAAGGAUAAGCAAGGUAACUUGUCAGCCUUGGCAGCGUCCUCUCAAGAAUCGUCCUCGGUUGCCCGUUCGCUGUUGGUGUCAUCCUCUUCCUCCUCCUCCUCCUCCUCCUCUUCUUUGUCUUGUUCUCGUUGCAAGCGCCUGUCUUUGCCAUUUCUUGCAUCCGGGCAAUCCACUGCGAAGAAUCUUCAUCGCUCACAGUUGAAAUCGACAUCAGCUGCAGGCCCUUGGAGCACUGCUCCAUUGCCUGGCAGGCUGUGCACACCUGUGAGGGGGACCAGGCACUUAGUUCCAGCGGCGGAGGAGGGCGGUCGAGGGUCUCCGUCAUGGCACAAUAAUGCAGUGGCACAUGCAGCACCCGGAGGUAACACCACAGCUGUAUUUCAUCCGUCAUCGAUUUCUGCUGUCCGUGCCACGCAGGCGGCGCCCUCUCAACAGAGCAUGGCGGAGGCCGAUGUGAUGGGGCUUCUGCUCCGCGAGCGCAUCGUCAUUUUGGGCCAUCAAAUCGACGAUUUUGUCGCUGACACAGUCAUCAGCCAACUUCUUCUCCUCGACGCUCAAGACCCUAGACGUGAUAUCCGACUGUUCGUUAACUGUCCCGGGGGUUCGAUCAAUGCGACGAUGGGUAUCUUUGAUGCCAUCCAGUGGUGCCGCGCAGACGUCUCGACCAUUGCCAUGGGCAUCGCAGCAUCGACGGCUGCUAUUGUUUUGAUGGGUGGGACGAAAGGGAAGCGAUUUGCAAUGCCAAACACACGUAUCAUGCUGCACCAGCCGUUGGGCGGUGCCAGCGGCCAGGUGAUUGACGUUGAAAUCCAAGCGAACGAAAUUCAAUACCACAAGGACAAUUUCGUCCGUCUCAUUUCGGAGUUUACAGGAAGACCUGCUGAUGUUGUGGAUAAAGACAUCGACAGAGAUCGCUACAUGUCGCCGAUGGAAGCUGUUGAGUACGGGCUUAUUGACGGAGUGAUUGACAAAGACAUUAUCGUGCCUCUUGUCCCCAUGCCGGAGAAUAUCCUGCCCCGAUCAGAGUACAUCCAGGAGUACGACCGGUCACUCUUAUUCCCCAAGUUGCGCGAUGACGAUAUUUUUUGACAGUGAAUCGAAGUGCAAUGUCACAUUCACCUUUUCCUUUCUUUGCAACCUUACGCCCAUUCCCAGAUUCUUAUGUACGAUGACAAAAUCUGAGAGCCUUCGCAUCCCCUUGUUUUGUAAAUUCCACUAGGUGUGGGACUCCUUAUCUCCGGUUCAUGUGAUCAUCCUCUCAUGCCGCUUCCUCAUUGCCUCUUUCACUUCUUCGACACUGCUGUUGUCCUCUCCUCUCCUCUCCUCCCCUCCCCUCCCCUCCCCUCCCCUAAGGGCAUCCUCAAAUGUCUUCCUAUGCUUUUUCCUGCUUCUGCUUGUGCUAUUCCCUUUGUCUGCUUCUCCUAAUCGCUCCCUCCUUUUCCUCUUUCCCUCAUCCAGUUCCUCCGCUUGCUCAAUUCUCCUUCACCUCUUCCUCAAUCUAUCCUUGAAAGAAUAUCUCAAUUGUACUUGCCAAAGUACGUGUAUGGUGGUCGAUUGGUGAGAUAGGCAAUAGCUCCGGGGGAUCUUCUUUUCAUAAUGGUUGAUUUGUGUUGCGUGGCAGUUUCUUAUCUUCUCUAGGUGGCGAUCAAUCACACAAGUAUAUGCAUUCGAGCAAACUGAUGUGUGAUGCCAUGUCCAGUGCUGUUGUUGCUAUGGCAAUGAGUCUGGGUUUUUGUAUGUCCGAUGGAGGAAUUGAGGACAUCGUUAGCACCUUGCCCCUUUCCGUCCCUUCGCUCUGUCAAAGAGAAGAAGGGAGAGGCAAGGGAUGGGGAGGUGGCUUUGGAUCUGGCUGUCUUUUCCAGUAGUAACAAUGGACGAGUGCCAUGUACAAAGGGAAAGGAUGGCGCGAAAGGGAAAGGAUGGCUCAAAGCUUUUGUUACAAGUGAGGAUGAGUUUGAGUGCUAGCAAUAUACCUUUUCCCCAAAAUAGCACAUGUUAACAGGGCC